AUGACUGUGCAUUCGACGACUCGGGCGGCUGAUCCGAUCUCACCGGCCGAGCAGGAAGCGAUUGAUCAGCUUCGAGCCAGGCUCAACGAAUCACUGAAGAAGAUUCCCGAAGAUCUUGACACCGAUUUGAACCUGUUGCGAUGGAUUCGUGGAUAUCAGGGAGACAUCGAAAAAAUAUGCACGGUAAAUUUACCCUUCACACUCGGAUUUACUAUUAGUCAAUUAGUUUUCUAUUAG